AGACAAAUUAAAUUACUAUUGGUACACUCUGGAUCAUUUCUGACGGAGGUGACUACCAGUGUGGGGCGCGAGUUCCACUAAAUGGGCUCCCGAGGGAGCUAGCAGGGACUCGGAGCACGGCUCCCGCACAUGACUGGGACCCAGGGAUCCUCAUAGCGGACGGAGGUGGCGGCAGGAAAGAGCAGGACUCAUCAGAAUCCACCUUCAGCUUAAGACAUUUGGUCUUUUUAUGAAAAGACAUGAAGAGAAUGUUCCAAAUUGUACUGGGGAUUCAUCUCAAAGCCUUUUGAUUGCUAGGCUAAGGCACUAGGUUGGCAAUACCAAUGUUACAUAGGUAUUAAGACAAGAACAGGAAACAACACUUGAAAAGACUUUUCAGAUGGCACCAGUUCUGCCUGAGAUUAACUGUGGUGGUGAUUUGGAAUGGAAGCAGAGGCCUUGCUACUUGAAGUGUAGUCAUAGAGAAUCAUUGGCAUCACUUGAGAGUUUAUCCCAACUGCACCAUCUCUGGGUCUGACCCCCACUUCUGCGAUAGCUUCUGCUUUGUGACAAGUUCUUCUGUGGGGUUUGAUCUCCAAUCUGAGCAAUGAAGUCUUUCCUGGGUCUGCGGUGGCUCCUUCUGCUUCUUUUCUUUAUGAGAACUUGGACUGAUGAUUGGGCAGCCUAUCGUCUACAGUGCACCAAUCAUUGGUUCUAUCUCAGGGUUAAGGCCACGCUAUUCCCCAAUAUUUUUAUGGAACCUGAUGAAGUGUUUUUAGGAUUUGGCUGUCCCGUGAACACCGUCUGGCCAAACGAUGUCUAUGACUUUACCUACCGUACUUACUCCUGCGGCAUUGUCAAUAAAGUUCUUUGUGAUGUCACUCUGCUUCAGACUAAACUUACAUAUAUCUCAAAAAACUCUACUACACGAGCUGAGAUGCAUCUGUCGUGUGUUAUGCACAGUCGGUAUCCUCUGUUCUGUGAAGCUGAAAGUAAAGGAGAUUUCACUGGCAAUCCUCCUGCAUGGGAAGUAGAUAUGACAAUGCCCAGAAAUGAGCAACCUGCUCCUGCAGUCCCACCAAAUAAAUGUAUCCUGUGACAUAUACGGGGUCAAGGUGGAAGUGAUAUAUUUUUAUGAUGUGGGAGACCUGCUACUUCAAGCCCGUGAUCUCUCCCUAGGAUGUGGCUGUCCAGUCUCCUACAUUGAUCACUACACUGAUCAUGAAAUAUUUGUGUUUGUUUAUCUUCUAAAGUCCUGUGGCAUCAGGGUUCAUGAAUUGUCAAAAGGCAUACUCAUUGAAAGUUCAAUCACAUAUGCUUCAGUGCAGCUGAGUGUCACUCUUCAAAUACCAGUGUCUUGCUUCAUUCCAAGGAACACUUUACCCUUGUUGGAUCAGAAACGUCCUCUUUUAGUUCAGUAUGGGGAUUCAACUGAAGACUUUGAAAGAUACUAUAAGUGUAGACGCUUCAAAUUUGAUGGCCUCAUGAGGAUUCCACAGCUUCUUUGGAAUACAACUAACAAUGUCCAUGACCACCAUCCUUUACCCUUUUCAGUGGGAUAUUUUUUUAAGCAAGAAAUUUGUCAUGCUGUUCACAUAUAAGAAUAGUUUCAGUGGGGUCAAGGGCUCUCCUGGAUUUUAAAUUUGUUACAGAGAUACUUUUAAAUAAAGUUUAGUGGUUCUUUUUUUAAAAUAAAAAAUUGUAUUUAUUUGGAAGCAUUCAGAAUGUCAACAAAACAGCUGCAAUUCUUUUUCAAUUACAGAGUGGUAUUCAUUUAACAGAACAAUUAUCUUCAUAUAAGAUGCAUCAGAGACAACUGAAGAUGAAAAAAAACCCAACCCAACCCAACCAAAACAAAAACUACUGUCCCCAUAUAUAACUAAUUUGUGCUGUGCACCAACAAGGACCUGCUUUAAAUUUUCAUGCCGAUUUACAACCCCCAGACUGUACCAGGCAAGGUUAGUGGCUAUUGAAAACACCACCAGACAGGGCUCUCUGAAGACACAUUCGAUAGUGUGUUAACUAUACAAAAAGAGACACUGUACUGUUUAAAAACAAAUCUUACACAGCAUUACAUUUCAAUUUUUUUCUUUAAAAGAAGUGAGUUAUGUGUGUACAGGGGGGUUAAAUACUUUAUAGAAAAAGUGCGAUAGAACUGCGUCUUCCUCCUCUUCCUCAUCCUCUUCAUCAUUUCCUCCUCCUUCUUUUCCUUGCUCUUUUAAGCCU